AUGCGGUGCAGUACGGUGCGCGGGUGGGUGAAGGACAUUCAGUUUCUGCAGGAGCUGCUGCCGCCUGAAGUCACCUGGGACCCCACCACUCAGUGCUUCAAUGCCGACCCCGAGCCCUGCACGGCAACGACCACACUCCUCUUCCCUCCCUCCCUUCACUCCGUUGCUCCUAUCCCCCUUACCCCCCUUUCCCCGCUCCCUCCACCCCCCCACCGACCUCUUCAGCUGGGCAUCAGCCUGUGGCUGAAGCAGCACGGGCGGUGGGAGCACUACAGGCGGUGGUGCACUCACACGGCACCCUGGCUGCCGCUUGCGCUGCUCAAUGUUCACACAUGCCCUGCUGAGGUGGAGUGGGAAGAGGAUGAGGAGUGGGAGGAGGAGGAUGAGGAGGAGGAGGAUUGGAGAGAAGGGGAGGGAGAGGAGGAGGAUGGGGAAGAGGAGGAGGAUGGGGUUGGGAAUGGUGGUGUCGACCGUGCAGCUGACGCACCGCGGGCCAAUGGUGUUCCGCAUGCUGAGGAGGCACGCAACAAUGUCACCUUUGCUGAUGUGGCUCGUGCUGCGGACGGGGCUCGUGCUGACGUGGCGUGUGCUGACGUGGCUCGUGUGGGUGGGACUGGUGGUGCAAGUGCGGAUGAGAGGGACGAGUACCCUGCGAGGCUGGCAGCGCGGAUUGCUGAUAUGGCAGCGAGCAGGAGGGAGCAAGGCGGCACUGAGAGGCUCGGGUGCGUGGCGGCCAUCGACGCCUUCCUGCAGCGCCCCCUCGACGCCCACGCCUUCCAGGCCAUGAGCCCCGCCCUGCAGACCCUCUUCGCCCGCCGCGCCCACGCCCACGCCGUUGACCGCCAGCUCGCCGGCGUGCAGGCUGCUGCUGCUGCUGGGGGGAAUGCGCCCCUCACAGAUCAGCAGCUUGGGGGGCUGCAAGGUGUGGCUGGGGGUGCUGGUGUGGUGGGGGGAACUGCGGGGGUGGGAACGGCGGGGGUGGGAACGGCGGGGGUGGGAACGGCGGGGGUGGGAACAGCGGGGGUGGGAACAGCGGGGGUGGGAACAGCGGGGGUGGGAACGGCGGGGGUGGGAACGGCGGGGAUGGGAACGGCAGGGGUGGGAACGGCGGGUGUGGGAACAGCGGGGGUGGGGACGGUGGGGUUGGGCAUGGGGAGUACAGGAAUGGGGGCAAUGGGAAGUGGGGGGACGAGCAUGGUGGGAACUGUAACAGGGGGAACGCGGAUGGGGGAAACAGGAUUCGGUUCGAGGGGAUUGGGGAUGGUGGGGCAAACGGGGGCAGUGGGAGGGAUGGCAGGAGGUGGGGGUGUGGCAGGAGGUGGGGGUCUGGGUGUGGGAACGGCAGCAGCAGGUACAGUAGCAGCAGCCUCAGCAAGAGAAGGGAGGGAUGUACAAGGUAUGGGAGGGGCGGGAGGGGGAGUAGGGGAAACUGGGGCGGCAGCAGGGGCAAGAGGAGCAGGAGGGUUGGGCGGCACACAAGGGGUGGGCGGCACACAAGGGGCGUGCGGCACACAAGGGGCGGGCGGCAUGGCAGGGCUGCAGGUGUUGGGGCCUCGCGUGCAGGAGUUGAUGCAGGAGCUGGUUAGAGAGAUCCUGGGAGCAGUCAACGCGAGUCAACAGAUGGUCAGCACGGGUCAACAGGCAGUCAAUAGAGGUCAAGGGGCGGUCAAUGCAGGUCAAGGGGCAGUCAAUGCAGGUCACACGAGGUUAAGUGGCAACGGGAUUCGAUGCGAGUGCCAUGAGUGUGUGGCUGCUAGAUGGGCGAUGAGAACACGUGAAGGCACAGUCAAUGCGGGUCAAGAUGUAGUCAACGCGAGUCAACCAGUGGUCAAUGCGGAUCCAAGUAGGGGAGUGGUAGUGAAUCAAGUGGAGACAGCUGUCGGCCAAUCAGGGUUGGGUGCAGGUCGUGUGGGAACGGCUGCUGUGCUAGGGACAAGGAAUGCUGGUCAGGCACCAGUCAACGCCGGUCAAGCACCAGUCAACACUGGUCAAGCACCAGUCUCUGUUCAAGCAGCAGUCAACGCCGGUCAAGCACGAGUCAGCGUUGGUCUAACACGAAUUAACACUGGUCACACAACAGUCAACGCCGGUCAAGCACGAAUCAACGCCGGUCGAGCACGAAUCAAUGCUGGCCAAGCACGAGUCAAUGCUGGUCACGCAGCAGCCAAUGUCAGUCAAGCGCGAGUCAACGAUGGUCAAGCACGAGUCAACGAUGGUCAAGCACGAGUCAGCAAUGGUCAAGCACCAGUCAACGCGGGUCAAGCACGAAUAAACGCUGGUCAAGCAGCAGUCAACACUGGUCAAGCACCAGUCAAUACUGGUCACGCAGCAGUUAACGCCAGUCAAGCACGAGUUAAUGCUGGUCAAGCACCAUUCAGCGCUGGUCAAGCACUGGUCAACGCUGGUCAAGCACCAUUCAACGCUGGUCAAGCACCAUUCGCUGCUGGACAAGCACCAAUCAACGCGUUUCAAGCACUGGUCAAUGCUGGUCAAGUACCAUUCAACGCUGAUCAAGCACUGGUCAAUGCUGGUCAAGCACCAUUCAACGCAUUGGUCAAUGCUGGUCAAGCACCAUUCACUGCUGGUCAAGCACUAGUCAACGCUGGUCAAGCACCAAUCAACGCGUUUCAAGCACUGGUCAAUGCUGGUCAAGUACCAUUCAACGCUGCUCAAGCACUGGUCAAUGCUGGUCAAGCACCAUUCAACGCUGGUCAAGCACCAUUCACUGCUGGUCAAGCACUAGUCAACGCUGGUCAAGCACCAAUCAACGCGUUUCAAGCACUGGUCAACGCUGGUCAAGCACCAUUCAACGCUGGUCUAUGGGCUGCUAAUGCAGGUGGAGGGGUGGGCCAAGGCAGAGUAGAGGGAGGAAGGGGGGGAGGGGGAGAUGGGGUAUGGAGGGACGCAGCAAUCCUGCAGCUGCUGUUGAAGCUGCUGCAAGGCCAGGCGAAGGAGACAGGUGGGGCUGGAGCGCGGGGACAGGGGGAAAACGGUGGGCAAGGAAGGGAGCAGGGAGGGGAGCAGGGAGGGUUAGGUGCUGGUGGUGUGGGAGCAGGUGCUGUGCUACAGACAAGAUAUGCUGGUCAAGCACCAGCCAACUUUGGUCUAUGGGCUGCUAAUGCAGGUGGAGGGAUGGAAGGAAGAGGAGGGGCUUGGAGGGAAGCAUCGAUGGUGGAACUGUGGCAGCUGCUGCAAGGCCAGGCAAAGGAAAGGGGUGGGGCUGUGGCGAGGGGACAGGGGGAGAAUGGCGGGCAAGGAGUGGAGCAGGGAGGGCAGCAAGGAGUGGAGCAGGGAGGGCAGCAGGGAGUGGAGCAGGGAGGAGAGCAGGGAGGGGGACGGGGAGAGGGGCAGGGAGGGGUACAGGAAGGGGGGCAGGGAAUGAGGCAGGGAGUGGCGCAGGGAGGGGAGCCGGGAGUGGGAGAGGAAGAGGGACAUGGAGCUGGGCAGGGAGGGAAUGAGGGAGCGGAUGAGAGAGUGGGGCCAGUCAGCUUGCCGGGGGGAAGCGCCAGUGGAGGGGGGGUGUUCACGCUGUCGCACCGCUGUGUGGCGGACGGGCCGGCAGGGCAGUGGAGCCUGUGCAGCAUCGUUGCCAAUUUCGCCAAAAUGGUGGCCGCGCAGGGUGGGCUGGGGGGCGCGCAGGGUGGGCUGGGGGGCGCGCAGGGUGGCCUGGGGGGCGCGCAGGGUGGCCUGGGGGGCGCCCAGGGUGGGCUGGGGGGCGCCCAGGGUGGGCUGGGGGGCGCCCAGGGUGGGCUGGGGGGCGCACAGGGUGGCCUGAUGGGGGUUGCUACUGGGGGAGGAGUGCCCGCAGCAAGCGAUCUGAGGGGGAGUGGUGGUUGGCUAGGCGGCAUGGCAGGGCUGAAGCUGCUGGGGCAUCGCGUGCAGGAGUUUGUCGGAAGAGAGAGCCUGGGAGCAGUCAACGCGAGUCAACAGAUGGCCAGAACAUGUCAACAGGCAGGCAAUGCUGGUGGAGGGGCAGUCAAUGGUGGUCAAGGGGCAGUGUUUGCUGGUGGAGGGGCGGUGAACAUGCGCCAAUCAGCAGUGAAUCAAGGUCCAUGGGAAGGAGUGGGUGCAGGCCAAAGGGCAGUCAAUGCUGGUCAAGCAGCAGUCAACGCAGGUCAAGGGGCAGUGAACGCUGGUCAAGAAGUAGUCAACGCAGGUCAAGGGGCAGUGAACGCUGGUCAAGAAGUAGUCAACGCAGGUCAAGGGGCAGUGAACUCUGGUCAAGAAGUAGUCAACGCAGGUCAAGGGGCAGUGAACGCUGGUCAAGAAGUAGUCAACGCAGGUCAUGGGGCAGUGAACGCAGGUCACACGGGGAUGACUGGCAAUCCAGUGGUGGUCAACGGGCUUCAAUGCAAGUGCCGUGAGUGUCUGGUUGCUACCUUGGCGGCCAGAAUACGUGAAGGUGCAGUCAAUCUGAGUCAAGCAGCAGUCAGUCCGAUUCAACCAGCAGUCAAUCCGAUUCAAGCAGCAGUCAAUCCGAUUCAAGCAGCAGUCUAUGUGGCGAGUCAACUUGUGGCCAAUGCGGAUCCAAGGAGGAGAGUGGCAGCGAAUCAGGUGGAGACAGAUGUCGGUCAACAAGGGUUAAAUGCAGGUCGUGCAGUCAACGCUGGUCAAGCACCAGUCAACGCUGGUCAAGCACCAGUCAACGCUGGUCAAGCACCAUUCAAUGCUGGUCAAGCACUGGUCAACACAGGCCACGCACUGGUCAACGUGGGUCAAGCACCAGUCAACGCUGGUCAAGCACCAGUCAACGCUGGUCAAGCACCAGUCAACGCUGGUCAAGCACCAGUCACCUAUGGUCUUUGGGCUGCUAAUGCAGGUGAAGGGGGGGGGGAGACUGGCGGACAAAGAGUGGAGCAGGGAGGGCAGCAGAGAGAGGAGCAGGGAGGGCGGCAGGGAAGGGUGCCGGGAUGGGGACAGGGAGCGGGACAGGCAGGGGAGCAGGGACGGGAGCAGGGACGGGAGCAGGGAGGGGAGCAGGGAGGGGAGCAGGGAGGGCAGCAGGGAGGGGGAGAGGCAGGGGAGCAGGGAGGGGAGCAGGGAGGGCAGCAAAGAGGAAAUCAGGGAGGGGAACAGAGAGUGGGAACGGUGAGCAUGCCGGGCGGGAGCGACAGUGGAGGGGGCUACUUUACGGUGUCGCACCGCUGUGUGGCGGACGGGCCGGCAGGGCAGUGCAGCCUGUGCAGCAUCAUGGCCGAUUUUGUCCGAGUGGUGGGCGCCCACGGUGGCCUGGGGGGGGUUGUUGGUGGGGGAGGAGUGCCUUCAGCAGGUGACCUGAGGGGGAGUGGUGCAGGGGAAGAAGUGGCUGUGCCGAGAAGAGGAGGGGAGGAUGGUGGGGGAGAGGUGCGCUUGUCGGGGGGAGGAGGGGGGAUUGGUGGUGGAGGGGCAGAGAGGGUGGGGGUUGCGGGUGAGGGGGGUGAGACGGGAGAGGUGAGGGCAGAGGUGGGUGGAGAGGCACAGGGGGAUGGAGGAGGGGGUCAAGGGGCGGCCAAAGCAGGUCAAGGGGCGGUCAAUGCAGGUCAAGGGGCGGCCAAUGCAGGUCAAGGGGCGGCUUUGAGUGGAGAGAAGGACUCGAGUUCAAGGGAGGAUGAGGGUGAGGAUGAGGGUGCUGCUUGGGGAACGAGUGAUAGCGAGGAGUCGAGUGAAGGGAGGGGAAUGAUGUGUGCGAGUGAUGAGGUUAUCGUGCUUGAGGAGGGCGAUGUGAUUAUGGGGGAGGCAGGAAAUCCUGAGGGGGAAGCGGCCAUGAGUGUAGUUGGAGGGGACCUCAUUAUGGGGGAAGGGACGACUGUGGGGGGAGGGGGCAUCAAUGGAACGGGAGGAGUGUCGAGUUGA